AUGAGCCAACAAUCUCAAUCUCAGCAAAACCACAGAAAGAUAAACCUCAGAUAUAGCUCAUGUUCAGAGUGUCGAAAGGCCAAAAAAAAAUGCGAUCAGAAAUUGCCCAGAUGCUCUUUAUGCGUCAAGAAAGACAAGGAGUGCUCAUACCUUGCACAAGAUCAAAGAAAAGCGGUAACUAAAGACUAUGCCAAUGCUCUCUUGCAUCGUGUCAGCAAACUUGAAGAGGCAUUACAAUUUUAUAAGGAUGAAAAUGAAAAGUUGAAGGGAGAAAAGUCUCAAAAUUCUUCUUAUGCCAGUUUUGAACCUGAUUUGUUGCAACUAGACUCACCAGUCACGAAUGAUCAAGAUGCAAUCAACAAUCGAUUAAGAAUGAAUCUAUUCACUAAGGACAGUGCAUCUGAUGAUCAAAAUACCAAGCGCUCGUAUCCUUUCUUAGAUUCUAUGGGGAUCACUUUGUCAAAUGCGACACUAAAGUACUGCUCUGAUUAUUCUUUGAGAUUGAAAGCUCCUCUUUUUGAUAAUUGGGGGUUUUCAUUUAUGGGAGGAGGUGCGCCUCUAUUUUUUGGCUACACUAGCAUGAGAUACAGACACAUAAAUGCUAUCCAAAAACCAAUUGAUAAUACCACCGAAUCUUUGGUAACCAAAAAGCUUUUACGAGAGUCUUAUGGCGGAGAAACAUUAGGGUCCUUUUACCAAGAGAUAUUUGAGUGGUUUUUUGAAAUAAUGAAUAACUCUAUACCGUUGGUCAAUGAGGACUUAUUUUUGGGGUCAAUAGAAAGGUCUUUGGACCAAGAAGCUUUGGAAAUUGAAGAAGAUCAACAUGCCUUAAUAGCUUUAAUAAACUCGAUGAUGGCGUAUUAUUUUGCCUACCAUGAUGGCUACGGCGCGAAUUUCGAAUAUUUCUACAAUUUGGCACAUCAACAGGUUAAUGAAGAAACAAAGUAUCGCCCACAAUUAGAAUGCGUUCAAACUUUAUUAUUGUUAUCACUAAUUGAUAUGAAUAGAGGUAAUGAAAUUAAAUCCUCGGAAUCGGUUGCUAAGGCAGUGGCCCUUUCAUAUCACUUGGGAUUACAUAUUAAUUCCCAGGGGUUGAGCUCCCAAAAUGUAUUGAGUGAUUCUGAGGCCCUUCAAAGAGAUUUGGUUUUUUGGUGCUGCUUUAUUAUUGAUAAAUUGAGAGGCUCAAUUUUGGGGAUACUGCCAUAUAUUCAUUGUCCUGACUUAUCAAUAAGGCUUCCGUCCCCUACUCAGUUCUCAUCGGUUGAUGAAAAAGUGAAAAUUAACGUGUUGAGGGAAACCAUAUCUUUUGCCGAUACUCAGUGCGAGACUUUGAAUCAAUUUGCCGCAGCGUUGAGAGAUAUCUUUUUUGCUCAAGAAAAAGAUGAAAAUAAAGAAUAUGUGAAAAUCGGCCUAGCAGUAUCAAAAGCUGCAUUAAGUAUGUCGGAAUGGAAAAAAGAUCUCGUGUUUGAGGCCAGGUAUUCAAACACAAGGACUAUCUCUGCUGCAUACAUAGAGGUUUUAUACCAUACACUGAUGAUUAUACUUCACAAACAAUUGGUUAAAGAACCACUAACAAGAGAAGAGAUCUUGCCAGAAGCACAGACACCAAUAGCUAUAUGCACAAGAUCUGCAGAAAAUAUUUUGAAAAUUUGUGAAGCCCGGAAGCAUUAUUCCGUGAGCUUUUUUGAGUUUCAUUUUGCCUACUCGGUCUACAUGGCUGCUGUAAUCUUCCUAUUCAAUACAUCUGCAGAAAGUGAAAAUAUAAGAGCAAUCCAAAGAAGCUACUUCCAAAAGGCUAUUUAUUUAUUGGAGAGUAGUAGAGUAAAGGUGCCUGUUGCUGAGACGUAUUUGUCAUGUCUAGAAAAAUUUCAUGAUCAAUGGUUGCAACCUGAUCAUAAUUCUGCUGUAUUAUAG